GUGUCUUUGAUGUAUAUGUUUUCAAUAUUUUCAGAUCAACGCGAUGCAUUCAACUUGUUUGAUAAACGAGGUGAUGGCAAGAUCGACAGCAGCCAGUUGGGUGAUAUCUUACGGGCAUUAGGCCUAAAUCCAACCCAAGCGGACGUCGCAAAGAUACGGAAAGAUAUUGAUCCUACAGGAGAAAAGAGAAUAAGCUUUGAAGAAUUCCUACCAAUCUACCACACGCAAGAAUCGAAACGCCGUGUAGGGGAAUUCGAAAGUUUCGUUGAAGGGUUCAAAGUGUUCGAUCGGGAUGGCAGUGGGAUGAUCAGUUCUGCUGAAAUUCGACACAUGCUUUCGAGUUUAGGUGAAAGGCUCACCGAUGAUGAGAUAGACAUUCUGCUUCAAGGAAUGGAGGACAAUUUUGGAAAAGUAAAUUAUGAAGAAUUCAUCCGUAAAGUUAUUGGUGGAUAACGGAUCGUUUUUGUUUACCAAUGAAGGAACUGUUUAUAUUUAUAUUUACCAAUGUUGACCUACAUUUUAAUGACAUUAAAUAAAAUACGCAUUUGUAAUCAAGCAGUGAAGUUGAUGCAUAUUUUUGUAUUUUAACGAAUUUCAGUAAUAAAACCAACAUACUUAAAACAUACAA